CUAAGGUAAGGUUGGCCAGCUCCGGAGACUAUCCUCGACAUUUAGAGACAUUCGUCAGGGAACUACAGCCUGUCUAAGUAUGGCUCUGGACGGUGAACCUGAGUAUUACGACCAGGAACAUCCUGUCCACAAUGACUCACUACUUCACGUGAACGGUACUCGGUUCUUCAACGUUUCAGAAGAAUACCUCGACUACGAUUACGUCAUAGAUUACUCACAGUACGACUACCUGAAACCCCUUAAAUCUGUGCCCCUGCUUGAAGCCGUCAUCAAAGUGGCUGUCUACUCCAGUAUAAUAUUACUGGCCGCUGUAGGCAAUGUUUUAAUCAUUCUCGUUGUUAUCUGGAAUAAACAAUUACGGACAACUACCAACUUUUACAUUGUGAAUUUAGCAGUGUCGGAUUUGCUGGUAACGCUGGCUUGUUCAUGGGUUCAUGUUGUGGAUGAUUUGACAGAAGGUUGGAUCCUCGGAACAUUCUUCUGCAAAUUCAACAGCUUUGCGCAAGUUGCCUCUCUUGUUUCCAGCGUCAUGUCACUAACCCUUAUCGCCUGUGAUCGGUUUUUCGGGAUUGUGUUCGCCAUGAAGGCCCACAUCAUAGAGAGACGUGCUUUUCACAGCAUACUUGUGAUAUGGAUAAUUUCCCUUGCCAUGGGCGUUCCCAUGUUGGUGGUGAGAACAGUCCAUAAACGACAAUGGCGUGACCAUUUAGAACUUUGGUGUGAAGGAGAUUGGACUGUUGUCCAGAGAGUUUCACCUGAAACUGGACAGAGGAUGGACCACCGUCCAGGUCGAGUGGCCUACUUGACAGUUAUAACCGUCGUGCUGUUUUUCAUUCCGAUGUUGAUAAUGCUUGGUACAUAUGUCGGCAUCAUCAAAACUUUGUGGCAGGCCAAGGUGCCAGGGGAACGACUGUCCAGUGACGUCAAGGUGGAAACCAAGGUCAAACGAAAGGUGGUGUUUAUGUUGAUUCUGAUCAUGGUGGUGUUUUUUGUUUGUUGGUUUCCACUCCAAUUCUCCGUUUUAUAUGAUAACUACAGACCAAAUCAAAAUACUCCGCUUGCUGCGUGGUACAAAGACUUUACUUUCUUCGCCAAACUCCUUGCCUUUUCAAACAGUGCAAUGAACCCGAUCAUCUACGCUGGGUUUAACAACAACUUCCGUAAAGGAUUCAAAAUAAUGUUUGGCUGUUACAAGAAACAGCGUUACACAACUUUAUCUAAGAUGGAUGACUCGAGUCAUAGUGCUACAGGCCUUACCAUGACAAAUACAACUACACACUGUACCCGGAUGUAGAGCUGGGAACCCGGAUAUAGAGCUUCGAUCGUUCCACAGAUUAUUGACGAUGGACAUCUAAAUUCAUUUGUUAAUUAACUCCCCGUGUGACCUCCGCACGGAUGGUUGGGCAUUCAACAUUCCAAAAUCUUUGUGGAAAGUAUGAACUCUUUCAACAUACAAAUGUUCAAUUAUAAAAUAAAAGAUUAGCUGAUGAUACAAUUUUUCCACGUUUUAUUUACAAAAUUGUCCCCAUUAGAGCUGAAAGGUUCACACUCUUUAACAUGACGGGAUAGCGAUGUUAGUUCUCAAUUCAACAUUUUAGCCACAAUCUCUUUUAAUCUCUGUUAAACAAUACAUAUGUAGAAUGAGUUGAGUCGCUAUAAAUAGAACAUGUUGGCCCGAGACCUGACAAAUUCAAGAACAUUGUAUUUGACAAAUAAAUCCGUCAAAACUCUGCUUUGA